CAUCUUUCAUCUUCUCAUCUCCAUAUCUGUUUUAAAUCCGCCCCUUUUAAAUUGAAGCCCAGCUAAGGAACUCCUCCUCUCUAUUCUCUUCCAAAUGGCCACAAGUAAGGGCUGCUUUGCAAGGCAAAACUACCGAUUCCUUUCAACCGACUUGACCCACCACGUGCCGCUCACUCACAACUCACCCUUCGAACUCGACGAGUCCGACAUCUAUUACCACACCACAGCCCGCUCUAACUCGCCCGAGUUCCGCAAGCCAGCCCUGAGUUCCCGCCUCGCGAAGAAGUCAACUCCCGCUGCGGCUGCCUGCAGGCGAACAGAUCCCGGGGGCAGGGCAUGCGGGACACCGUCGUCGCUGCCGGUUAAUAUACCAGACUGGUCUAAGAUAUUGAAGGACGAGUACCGGAGGGGGCCUGACGUUGUUGAUGGCGGCGGCGGCGACGACGACGACGACAUGGACGGCGAUGAUUGUUUUGAUGGCGGAGUGAGGGUCCCACCUCACGAGUUGUUGGCAAGGCAGAUGGCGAGGACAAGGAUUGCGUCCUUCUCGGUUCAUGAGGGGAUAGGGAGGACUUUGAAAGGGAGGGAUCUAAGUAGGGUCAGAAAUGCAAUUUGGGAAAAAACUGGCUUCCAAGACUGAACAGAAACAAAAAGUUUGGGGUCUAUUAGAGAAAUAUGGAAAAUAACAGGGGGGUUUUUAUAGAGAGAGGUAUUUAUUACGUUAAGAGGGCGUACGCGGUAGUAGAUGAAACGACUCCAUUUUGUUCUUUUCUUUUCUUUUUGGAAGGGGUUAAUUUUGUUUUUGUUUUUUUCUACUGCUCCGGUGUGGUAAUUUUUAAGCCCUGUGAUAUGCUAACUUCUUCGACAUUGUACACGACACUGGAAUGAGGAAACUACGAUGCUUUUUUUAUUAA